AUGAGUACCUCCCAUAAUGAGCCAGCGGAGCCAAUUCCGGAUGGCAUCAUCGCCACCGCGAAGCAGUCCUUUGGCGAUCUUUUCCGAUGGAAACAGCGUGUCGUCGUGACCAACGAGUCUGGCGAGACUCACGCCGAGUGGCAAGCACCUGAACCUAUCCAGAACCCUAUCAGCCUGCUUAUGCAGCUCGGUGCACGGGACUGGCUCUUUUUUCUCGUUGGCUUUUUUGCAUGGACGGCCGAUGCCUUUGAUUUUCAUGCCCUAUCUAUCCAGACUGUCAAGCUGUCAAAGUACUAUCACCGCUCAAAAACCGAUAUCAGCACUGCUAUUACUCUGACUCUGCUCCUACGAAGUGUCGGUGCCGCUUUCUUCGGUCUAGCUGGCGAUCGGUUCGGGCGUAAAUGGCCCAUGGUAAUCAACAUGAUUGUGCUUGGUAUUCUACAGAUAGCCACCAUCUACAGCCGUACGUUCCAGCAGUUCCUGGCGGUUCGGUCAUUGUUCGGACUUUUUAUGGGCGGUGUCUAUGGUAAUGCCAUCGCGAUGGCAUUAGAACAUUGCCCUGUCAAUGCUCGUGGUCUCAUGUCCGGGAUCCUGCAGCAAGGCUAUUCGGUUGGAUACGUACUCGCCGCCUGCGCAAAUCUCGGUGUCGGCGGUUCAACAGAGAGUUGGAAGACAGUCUUUUGGAUUGCGGCUGGCGCCUCAAUCGGUGUUGGUCUCGUUCGCAUAUGCUUCCCAGAAUCCAAGCAAUUCCUGGAAGCCAAGAAGGCCGGCAAGAAAGCCACUGACCCCGGCGCAUUUUGGCGUGAGACGAAGCAGAUGCUUGGGAAGGAGUGGAAGAUGUGCAUUUACUGCGUCUUCUUGAUGACUUGGUUCAACUAUUACUCCCACACCUCGCAAGACUCAUAUACUACGUUCAUGUUGACUCAGAAAGAGAUGCGCAACGAUGGAGCCUCUCGUGCAUCUAUUCUGAUGAAGACUGGCGCUUGCGUGGGCGGUACAAUCAUUGGAUACCUGUCGCAAUUUGUUGGACGGCGCCGAGCUAUCAUUAUUUCUGCCCUGUGCUCUGGCAUCCUUAUUCCUGCCUGGAUUCUCCCACAAGGCGAACGAGCUCUGAGCGCAACCGGCUUCUUCAUGCAGUUCUUCGUUCAAGGUGCCUGGGGUGUCAUUCCUAUUCAUUUGAAUGAGCUUUCUCCACCCGCGUUCCGUUCUUCCUUCCCAGGUAUCACAUACCAAGUAGGAAACAUGAUCUCCUCGCCCUCCGCCCAGAUUGUCAACGCCAUUGCCGAGAAAACCAUGAUCACCGCUCCAUCUGGUCAGCGGGUUCCUGCGUAUGGCCCUGUCAUGGGAGUUGCCACGGCCAUCAUUGCGAUGGGUAUCGUGGUUACUACGGCAUUUGGACCGGAGAAGCGUGGUCGUCGGUUCGAGACUGCCGUUGCGGGCCUCCAGUCAGCCAGGUCAGAUAAGGAAAUCGAUCUUGAAGAGGGUCUGGAUGACAAGGCAGCCGAGAGGAGAGUGGAGGAAGUAGGGAAACUUUGA